GUUAAUUAGGAGGGUUGCUCUCGUGUUUUUGAAGAUUAGUUAUGUUUAUAGUUGUUUAUUUUGUUAUGUAAUUCUUUAAAGUAAUUCGUUGUCCUUUAUAAAAGAAGUUAAACGUUUGUAACAAGCAAUACUUUGGUGUUUUAUUAAAUUUAUUAACAAAAAGGCAAAAUGGCUACGACCGAACAAUUUUCUUUACGUUGGAAUAAUUUCCAUUCCAACCUAACCUCUGGAUUUCAUGAGCUACUUGAAGCUGCUGAAAUGGUAGACGUUACUCUGGCAGUAGACGGGCAUUUCUUCCAGGCACACAAGAUAGUCCUCUCUAUUUGUAGCCCUUAUUUUAAGCAGAUGUUCAAAGUUAAUCCUUGUAAACAUCCUAUUGUGAUAUUAAAAGAUGUAGGUCAUGAAAAUAUGAAGGAUAUUUUGGAAUUCAUGUAUAUGGGAGAAGUUAGUGUGUUACGUGAAAAUUUAACUCAGUUUCUAAGGACAGCUGAACUGUUACAAGUUAAAGGACUGACUGGAGAUGAUUCGAGUGAGGAAACAUCUUCCACUAAAGAUAAUAAAGCAGAUUGUGAUAACGAUGAAGAAAAUGAAAUGUAUAAUCAGUUAAUUGAAACAGACGUAGAGUUACCUAUUUACUCUUCACCUCCACAGGUAGGAUCUGCACCACCUCCAAUAAAAAGGCCCUCUAAGAAUUCAAACACUAGUACAAAUCCUAAGCGUUCUAAGUCAGAGGCCCACCAGGUACCUCAAAAGCCAGUCAAGCAAGAACAAGAGCCAGUUAAAUCCAAAAAUGAAUACAAUAGUAGUGACUUUAUGAGCUUAGAUAGUCAGGCGGGCCAGAAUGCCUCGAACAAAAUGAAAACUGAAACGGACGAUGGUAACGAAUUGAUGAAUAUGAAAAAUAUGUGGGAAAAUAACAUAAGUGCGGCCACAUCUGGAGACCUAAGUUCUUCCGAUCAAGAUAUGCUCUCGUACUCGACAGAUAACAAGGGCCACGUUUACUGCCCGUACUGCUGUAGGAAAUUUGUCAACCGCUACAACUUGAAGGUGCACGUAAGGGACAAGCACGAGGACAAUUCCAUGGAUCUGGACUGUCAGAUUUGCGGUAAGACUAUGCGGAACCAAAGUUGUCUACGGGUACACAUGUACCAUCAUCGUAAACAAAGAUUAGAGGAAGCAGGGAUUAUUUAACUCUUUUAUCGUUUUAUUGCUCAUUGACGUUUUUGUUGAUUGUUAUUUAGAAUCUUGAACAAAUUGGUGUUUUAGUAAUAAUUUAGCGGUUAUUUGGACUAGCUGCAUCUCGUAAUCGUAACUACCGUUUGCUUCGUUGUUAUGCAUAUAUUAAAAAUGAGUCGUUUUUAAAGUGAAGCCACUUUGUUGAUUUUAAGUUGAACUAUACAAUUUUUAUAAUAUAUGUAGAGGUCUCAGGGUUUCGACUAAUUUCGCAUCAUGGACUCUGUUCUAUUAAUUUCUAUUAUUAUCCUUAAAAGGCCAGUAUUUUUGUUACUAAUUCGGUAUAUCGUCAAUGAUAUUUCAUUCACUAGAUUACUCAGAAAAAUUCAUUGCCGCUAAAUGUUUGAUGAAGGUAAUAACUUUAUAAAGUCAAAUUAUAUUUGAGAUGAUCAAAUCAAUUGAAAUAUUUAGCAAUUCACGUCAAAAUGCUUUUUUUUAACCAUGUUUUUAGAGUGGGCAGCAAAAUUUUGCUGUUAAAAUUAAUUUAGUCACGAAUUUCUUGAAGAUCCAUUAUUUCCUAUUACAGAACUAAAUUUUAAAAAAUUUGGAAUACAGUGAAAAUCGGUUAUAACGACCUUCAAGGGACCGUUUGUUUACGGUUGUUAUAACCGAUAGACGUAAUAUUUUAUUUUACUCUCGUACUACAACGUACGAAAAAAAGCCUUUUAUUUUAUUUCUAUCCUUCCAAUUUGUUGAAAUCGUAUCAUUCUUUUGCUUGUUUGCAUUAGUUGCUCCGAUUUUUAAUCUCUAUAUUAGGUCUGUUCCAACAAGAGUCAGGGAUUGAUUCCGAACCGUUCGAAAU